CGACACACGUUAGCAGAGUUAGGACGACUAUGAUGAUAAUAGCAUCUAAUCCGCCUUUAACAUCACCGCCGCCGCUAUCUUCUCUGUUCAUUGCCGGAUGAGGACUCAUCGUCGUUGUCCUCUCCAGGCGUCGGUCCCAGCGAAGACGACCAAAGUCUCCGACUUGGCCAUAACUGAACCGACUCCCUUGUUCAUCAAAUCCCCCGUCGCCAUCUGCAACAUCGACUCCUAUUUCAUCACCGCCGGGAACCUCACUGCCGUGAACUUCCAGCUCCAAGUCUCCGUGAGAAACCACAUCAGUGACUUCCGUCGCCAAUCGCCGCCUCCAGCUACAGCUCCGCCUCAGGAAACACAAGUCACCGUUUCCAUCUCUCUAUCUCCAGUCCGCCGCCGUCUCCAUCAAUCAGCCGCCGCGGCAGUCUCCGCCAUCGGCGCCACUUGAUCUCCUCGUCCCGUCGGCGAGGACGCAGUGCACUUAAUGAAGCUGAGCACCCAAAUUUGACCCAGAUCUGGCAUCGCCUUUUCUUUUUGAAGUCUCCUGUUCCCGCCAACAAUCGUUGUCUCCAGCUCCUGGCCGCCCGCCAUUGCCCCAUUGUCGUUGGAAUCGGAAUUUUCCGAUUCAGAAACGAAUCAAAGUGAGGCAGUAGGUAAGGAAAAGAAUUAGAUUGCGCGAUUAGGUGAUUAGUUUAGGUAAAGAAACAAAUCAAGAUUCA